CCUUGUUUGAGUUCAAAAGGCAGUUUCAGCUGCCUUGGUUGCACUCUGGUAGGAGGCAUGAUGGAGAGAACUGUGGUGCAUAUCACUCUCUUUGGACUGCUGCUGUCUUUGGCCUCCACACUGCCAAACAAGGAUGACUGGGACAUCUACAGCUUUCACAUCAACUCCACAGUGACCAGUCGUUAUGCCACCACUGUCAUCACAAGCCGUGUGGCCAAUCGUAUGGACGAGUCAAAGGAAAUUGAAUUCCAUGUUCGGAUUCCCAGGAAUGCCUUCAUCAGUAAAUUUCGAAUGUUUAUCGAUGGCCAGGUUUAUGAUGGUGUUGUGAAAGCUAAGGAGCAAGCUCAGCAGCAGUACACUGAAGCUGUGUCCCGUGGUGAAAGUGCUGGACUUGUCAGUUCUGUAGGAAGGACUCUGGAGGAAUUUAAGACCUCAGUAACUGUGGCUGCUCACAAAAAGGUCACUUUUGAACUCACAUAUGAGGAAUUAAUGAAACGCACACAUGGCAAGUACGAGCUGCAAAUUCAUGCUCGACCCAUGCAGCCUGUCAGUGACUUCAAGGUGGAUGUGCACAUUCAAGAGGAAGCCGGCAUCAGUUUCAUCAAUGUGAAAGGAGGCCUGAGCACCAAAGCCCUCGCUAAUGCCAUCACUAAAACUCACAUAGAUAAAGAGGCGUGGGUGUAUUUCUAUCCAACAGUUAACCAACAGAAGAUGUGUGACAGCUGUAGUGAUCAGGGUAUGAAUGGAGAUCUAGUUAUUGUUUAUGAUGUCAACAGGGACAAUGGACUCGGACACAUCAAGAAAUCUGACGGGUACUUUGUUCAUCACUUUGCUCCAUCUGAUCUUCCUCGAAUACCAAAAAAUGUUGUCUUUGUUAUUGAUCAGAGUGGAUCAAUGCAUGGCAGAAAAAUUCUCCAGACUAGGACCGCAUUAAUCCACAUUUUGAAUGAUCUGGCAGAAGAUGAUCACUUUGGUCUGAUCACUUUUGAUGGCAACGUUUUUCACUGGAAGCGAGAACUCGUUCAGGCCAACAGCAAAAACCUGGAAAGCGCCAAAAACUUUGCAAGCAAUAUACAAGCUAGAGGAUCCACAGAUAUAAAUGAAGCAGUGUUGCAAGGAGCACGUAUGCUGAAUGAUCAUAGCAGAGAAGGUUCAGCAUCUAUUCUGAUACUUCUCACAGAUGGAGACCCAACCUCAGGGGUGACAAAUCUGGAGAAAAUCCAGUCAAAUGUAAGACAGGCUAUUGCAGGCAAAUUCCCACUGUACUGUCUUGGUUUUGGUUUUGAUGUUGAUUUUAAGUUCCUUGAGAAAAUGUCGCUGCAAAAUAACGGUGUGGCACGGCGGAUUUAUGACGACUCUGAUGCUGAUUUACAGCUGAAGGGUUUCUAUGAAGAGGUGGCCACACCUCUAUUAACAGAUGUGACAAUGAUCUAUGUGGGUGGGACCAAUCUAACCCAGACUAACUUCAGUCAGUAUUAUAAUGGUUCUGAGAUUGUGGUGGCCGGUGAGAUCACAGAUAAUAACAUUGAAACCUUCACCCCUCAAGUUGUGGCCAUUUCGAGUAAUAGAAGAAUAAUAUUCUCUAAUCCAAAUGAAACCGUGGAAUCCACUCAAACAGUGUCUGAUGACCGUAUCCAGAGGGUUUGGGCGUACCUCACAGUUAAACAGCUUCUAGACAAAGAACUUCAGUUAUCUGGACCUGAGAAAGAGAAAGUGAAGAAGGAGGCUUUGGAGCUGUCACUGAAGUACAGUUUUGUGACCCCUCUCACAUCCAUGGUGGUCACAAAGCCCCUGGGAGAGACCACUGAUGUGCUUCAUAAACCAAAGGAAGGUGAAAGAUCACAGACAAGGCUGCCCUCCAGAGGUUAUUCCAUUUUAAGAAAACCUACUGGUGCAAGGAGACUUCGCCCUGACUUGCCUGGAUUCCCAAACGUACACAGUUUUGGCCGUCAAGGACUCAUAAGCAUUCAUGAUUUGCAACAUCGAGUCAUGCAACAGCACACCCCCAAAGGAGAGAGAGGACGCCCUGGACCAGUUGGUCUCCCUGCUGUUGUUCAUCUUUCACCUGAUACUACCACUCUGGAAGCCAUUAAUGCUCCUGUACUCCACAGGUUUUUGCUAAAAGCUGAGAAUCAGACUGUUCCACUAUGCUUUGAUGUUAGUGGACCUGUCCGCCUUAAACUUCUUCACUAUCCCAGCAGGGAACUGUCUGUAAAUGGUGAGCUUGAUUCAGUUACAAAUGGAGGCUUCAGCAGAAUUUUCAUACACGUCAGUGACAGCCAACAUGUUGAGAUCGACACCAACUGGGUCACUGUACGAGAUGGACAGACAGUGACAUAUUACACUGGACAGGAUCACCUUACAGCUGGAAGUGUAACAGUGAUUGUGCACAACAACGAAAUAGACGUUGCCACUGGAGACAUGCGAAUGGUCAUCAUAGUUCAUGAGAAGAAUGGCCAAAAAUUCCUUUGGCCAGUUUUAAGACAGCGUCCCUUGGACAACAAUGCUGAAGGACUUUUAGCUGUAGAGGCCGCAGUUUAUGAGGAGGUACAACAAGCUCCUGUCAGAAAACUAAAGAUUAAAAACCAGGAGGCAGACGUUACUGGGGAGAUGGUUGUUGACUACAGCUUUGCUUCUCCUGUCACAAUGAUCUGUUGGCUCAUGUCUGCUGACUCUGCCCUGCAGAGACCACUGUCCCAGUUUGUGAUUACACAGCUUUAACUGGCAAAUAUGUUGAUUUAUUUGAAAAAUCUCUCAUUUAAAAGGAAAACAAGGCAAAAACAUAUAUUGUGGAAACUUUCUUUCCAUCUGUCUCCAACAUGUAGAAAUAUAACUGUGAUUGUGCUGGAUCUAGUGUCAGACAGCAUUACCAAUUAAAAAUAACAUAAAUAAAUCAGGAUUUAUGAUUACCACCAUCUGGCACAAAAAGACAAAAAGACACAAAUGCAUAGAGUUGACAAUAAUAGGCAUACUUCUACACCUUUAUUUUUUAAAUUUGUUGAAAAAUGUAAAUUUUAUAAGUUUAAACUACAGUAAUUAUAUUGUUAUAGCUAAAUGUCAAUCAGCCUUGCUGGUUGAUCUGGAAGAGAGUUGGAUUGUAGAAGGUUUGCUUAUCAAUAACAAUUUCAAAUAUUUCUGAAUUCUGGUUAAGUACCCCAACAUUGAGAGAGAAAACUUUUUAAAACAUUUCUUCUGUCUUGUCUUUUGCCUCAAAUUGCAAAUGACAUGUAAUGAGGCUGACUUGAUUCAAGGAUCUCUGACAAAUAUAAUGCUGUCAUUUUUAUUGCAUAAUUUCACGACUUCCUCAGAACAGUUUAUGGAAUUGAUGUCAAGCGAAUGAAUAAAGAAUCCAAACUGUUCCCUAA